AUGACCUAUGUCCGCCGCAGGCCGGGACUGAUGGUAGAUCAGAGAAGGCCCACGGCAACACGUGACAUUCUCUGGCUCGUGGUCAACGACAUCACUCUAGUCAACAUUUACCGCCAACCGUCGUACGACGAGGCACUUGACAUACUACUCCGAUGGCCAGCACCUGACAGAUGUCUGACCUUGCUUUCUAAUAUUGCCUUGGCCGCCGCGGUGGUCGAGGACCACCUCGCUACCAGCUCCGACCACUUCACGCUCAAUAUCACCUCCCGAACUCGCCGUAACGCCUCCACCCACUGGAAAGUGACUAACCUACUUCAGUUUGCCGCCAAGGCUGCAGGCCGGCCGGUCCGCAAAGGUGCGCGCAGCGCACCCUGGUGGACGGAGGAAUGCGUCUUGGCGGCGGCGGAGUAUCGCGCGGUGAGGAGAGUCUUCCCUCUCGGUUUCUGUCGUGAGGUUCAGCUCGCCAAAAAGACCUUCCGGAGAGUCGUGCGACGAGUCAAGCGCCGCUACUGGCGCGACCUCAUUGACAGCUUUACGGACAGCGCAUCCGUCUUCAGGGCAGUCCUGGACGAUGCAGUUUACGAGACCCAGCUGGACAAAGCCAACGCACUGCGACGGGCAACGCUCGAACGCCGCACCUCGCAGGACGACAUCACGGACCCGUGGGUCCCAGUGGAUCCAGUCCGGGACGCAACCCUGCGAACGGGUAACACCUCUCCCGGCUCUGAUAACAUCACUGUCAAGAUGCUCCGUGCCGUUUGGCACGCCAUUGGGAACCUUGUCCACAAGCUGUACCAGGGCUGUCUCAACAUCGGCCACCACCCCAAGCCUUCAGGAAGCGGAAGUGGUUAUGAUCACAAAGCCAGGGCGACGGAACCUGUCAGAGGCCCGCGCCUGGCGGCCGAUCUCGCUCCUCUCUUGCCUUGGUCCGCCGUUGACCUCGUCGCGGCACUAGUCCACGACAUUGAGGAAGCUUUCGCACGCAAGCAGGUGGCCACACUCGUGACGAUGGACAUCGAAGGUGCCUUCGAUACCGUCCUCCGUAACAGACUCAUUCUCCGCCUUCGACAGCAGGGGUGGCCCUCGAACGUCGCUCGCUGGGCCGGCUCCUUCAUGCAUGACCGAACGGCAUGUAUCCGCUAUCAGGACGUUACGACUCCGUCGUCACCCCUGCAGUGCGGACUGCCACAAGGUUCACCAGCCUCUCCCAUUCUGUUCUUGCUGUAUACGGAGCCAGUCUACCGCUUGAGCAGCCCGAAAGGACGCUUCGGCUAUGCAGACGACACCGCUAUCCUUUGCGUCGGCAACAAUCUGGAGGAGACUGCCCGCAAAGCGUCAAGACACGUCCACGAACUCAUGGAAUGGGGUACCGAAAAUGCGAUAGCCUUUGACCCCAAGAAGACCGAAGUCAUGCACUUCUCCCGAACGAAGCCGAGAACUGCACCGCCAGUCUUCCAUGGCGAGAUGGAAAAGCGGCCGGAAUGCGCCAUGCGCUGGCUAGGCAUCUGGCUCGACAGCACCCUGUCCUUCAAGACCCACGUCGAGAAGUGGACAGCCAAAGCGCAAAGAGUAGCCCACCACCUCCAGGGAAUGACGAACACCAACCGGGGACCCUGCCGAGUGCGGCACCGGGAAGCUGGUAUACCGCCAGUUUCGCAACUGCUCGAGUCGUACCGAAUACGCUUCGCGGCCCGCCUCAGGUCCCUCGAUGAAGCACAUCCACUUGUGACGCGAACGAAGCCGAUACGGGCCCCCGCCAUCAACAGGGCCAUCAAGCUCAAGUAUCAGCUUCCACGAAAGCCUUUCCGGACCAGACUGCGUCGCACUGACGAGCUGCUAGCCAGAUGCGCCAGGCCAGAGCUCCUUCCACGCAGAUUCGCCAGCGGCCAGCCCCUGCAAACUGCACCGAAGGAGGAAUCAGCGGCCAACUUCCGCGACUGGCUCCGGUCAGUUGCUCCACGAACAGCAAUCGUCUACUCAGACGGAUCCCUCUCCGCAGAGGGAGCCGCAGGGUACGGCUAUGCAAUACAUUUGGAUGGACUCACCGUCCUCGAUGGAAACGGGCGCCUGGGUCCCGCUGAAGUCUUCGACGCUGAGGCCAAGGGCGCCCUUGAAGGCCUCCGUGCUGCUCUCGGUCUCCCAGGGCCAGAGCGAAUCGCCGUAUGCCUCGAUAACCUUGCAGUCGCGUCGUGCCUGCGAGGCAUGCCGUCAGACUCGUCCCAGAAUGAGUUCCUGGAAUUCCAGGCCUUGGCCGCAGAACAUGGUGCCACCGAGAUCCGUUGGAUUCCCGGCCAUACCAACAUCCCAGGCAACGAGCAGGCCGACGCCUUAGCUAAGGCGGGAACCUCUCAACCCGAACCGGUAGAUGCUCUCCCGACGCUGGCAUAUCUGCGUAAGGUCGCUCGGCGGCGACCAAAAGACGCGUUUAAAGCCUGGUGGGAAGUGUCUGCACCCCAGCAAUACAAGGUCCUCGACCUUGACGCCACGACUGGCUGCCCGCCAGAACUUACCAUCCCACGACCUCUCCUCCACCACCUGCUCGCAGCAAGAACCCACCAUGGGGACUUCGCUGACUACCAUGAAAGGUUCAACCACGACGACGCACGACUGACGUGCUCUUCGGAUGAGGCUGGCGCCCUCACCGACCGCGGCGGUCAACCGAGCAAUAGGAAGAAAUUUCGACCGGUUCCGCCAGCGGCCGUGCCUCACGCCAACGUCACGUUUCACGGCCCCUUCACCGGCCUCCUUACUACCACUACGGGCGCGCUCUCGGCCUCGGUUGUGGGCACUGCCAUACCGUCUCUGCCUCCUCCGAGCGACUCGUACAAAUAUCCGGCCGACGGCGAGCUCCACGGUGAUCAGCCCGCGCCCUUCACUCCAAGCGGCGGCAUCGGGACCAACGGUUCGGCGCCUGUGUAUCGCGUGCAGAGCGACUUUGACUACCAGUCCCUUGCCCUCGCUCUCUACCAGGAGUGGAUUAAGCUGGACCUCUUCCACUGGGGCUUGGCCAUGUUCAGCGUCGACGAGUUCGAGGCCAACGGACUCAGACCCCAGGCGCCGAAGCAGUGCACAUACAACUACCCUAUGUCCAACGUGCCCGAGUUCCUCGACUUCAACCAGAAGCUCACGCGAUGGGGCGAGGCAGGCGUGUAUGGCUUUCUGCCCCAUCUCAACUCGGGCCCUGCCGCGCAGCUGCUCCUCCAGAGCAUCACCGUCGAGGCUCGCCAGCAGAUGAUAUUUCGGCAGUUCGGCGGCCAGUUCCCCAUGCCCGAGUGGCACACGCCCAGCAUCCCCCAGAGCUGGGCCUGGACCCUCCUGGCGCCCUAUAUCUCGAGCUGUCCGUGUAACCAAACACGCUUAGUCUGGCAAAACUUUCUGGCAAUGAGACUUCCGGGGGCGCGAGCAACACGCUGUCUACCGCGGGCGUCCCUCACUCAGCUCUGCAUCAACGCGACCGACAAGCUGCUGGACUGUGCCCCCGCCGUCAGCCAGAACAGGAGCAUCCCGCUGUCGUACCCUGGCCGGAAAGUCCUCCUGCAGUGGGACAGCCCGGGGCAGCUCGUCGGUCCCAACAACAGCUACGCAACGGCGACAAACGUACAGGAGCCGAGGUUCGCCGGGUGGGUGUCGCAGCUGAACGUGACCUACUCGCCUCUUUUGAACGUGAGCAUCCGAGACAAGACUGCGCACACGCUUCAGCCCGACGUGUCGACUUGGGCGGGUGAUGCAGCCAUGAACGGGACCAUGUUCCUAGCCCUGACAGAUCUGGACCUGUACGUGACUCCGUAUAACUUGGCGCUGAUCAAUCCGCAGGUUGCGGCCCUUGCCGUGUAUCAGGCCGGUUAG